UAAAGGCGCCCUUUCGCCCCGAGGAUGCCCUUUGCCCGGGGCCUUUAGCCGAGAAGACCAGCAAGCGUCUUUCCUCGCCUCCUUCCCGCACUUGGCUGCACUCCCCUCCGCGAACCCUUCCACGAGUGGAUCCUAGUGGGAUUUUGUGUUGUAGGGCUUUGGAAGGGGGCUCUUUCUCCCCUGGAUCUCUUUCUGCGCGUCAGGGAGAGUGUCGGGGAGACCCUGCCGCGGGGCUGGGCCAGCGAAUAACUCUCCGGAGGAGAAAGGUUUUUGCUUCGGGGCUGCUGAUCUACUGGGCGAACAUGGCGAGGAAUCUCUCCGGCUCCCUCGCUCUGGCCCUGGCCUUCGUCGUCCAUCUCUUGCAGCUCAUCCACCCGGCGGAGCCCACGCCCGAGCGGCCGCCCAUUCCCACAGAUAAGCUACUAGUUCUAACUAUUGCAACCAAGGAAACAGAUGGCUUUCACCGAUUCAUGCAAUCCGCAAAGCACUUCAACUAUACAGUGAAGAUCCUAGGUGAAGGUGAAAAGUGGAAAGGAGGAAAGAGUUUAAACUCAAUUGGAGGAGGCCAGAAAGUACGUCUGUUGAAAUCUGCACUGGAUAUAUAUGCUGACCAGGAAGAUUUGGUGGUUAUGUAUGUUGACUGCUACGAUGUUAUAUUUGCUGCGGGACCUGAAGAAUUGUUGAAGAAAUUCCAACAAGCAAAUCACAAGGUAGUUUUUGCAGCAGAUGGCUUAAUAUGGCCUGAUAAAAGAUUGUCGGACAAAUACCCUGUUGUUCGCAGUGGGAAACGAUUCCUUAAUGCAGGAGGAUUUAUUGGUUAUUCUCCAUCAGUAAACAGUAUUGUACAACAGUGGGACCUCCAAGAUAAUGAUGAUGACCAGCUUUUUUAUACUAAAAUAUAUAUUGAUCCCUUGAAGAGGGAACGUAUUAAUAUUACCUUGGAUCACAAGUGCAACAUUUUCCAGACUCUAAAUGGAGCUGUUGAUGAAGUUCUUCUGAAAUUUGAAGAAGGAAGAGCCAGAGCUAGGAAUUCUGUGUAUGACACUUUGCCAGUCACUCUUCAUGGAAACGGCCCGACUAAACUUAAUCUGAAUUAUUUUGGAAACUAUAUCCCUAAUGGCUGGACUCGUGAAACGGGAUGUAUUGCCUGUAACAAAGAUUUACUAGAUCUAGCUACAUUGACUGAGACUCCAACAGUAAUAAUUGGUGUUUUCAUUGAACAACCAACUCCUUUCCUGGCUAGAUUUUUAGACAGAUUGUUGACUCUGGAUUAUGCAAAGGAAAAGCUUAGCUUCUUCAUUCACAAUAAUGAAGUUUAUCAUGAAAAGCAUAUCAAGAAAUUUUGGGAAAAAGCCAAGAAUAUGAUAAAAACUAUAAAAAUUGUUGGACCUGAAGAAAAUCUGAGUCAAGCUGAUGCUAGAAACAUGGGAAUGGAAAUCUGUCGGCAGAAUAAAGAAUGUGAUUAUUAUUUCAGCAUAGAUGCAGAUGUUGUUUUAACAAACCCAGAUACAUUAAAAAUCCUCAUAGAACAAAACAGAAAGAUCAUUGCUCCUCUUGUAAUGCGUCAUGGAAAGCUCUGGUCCAAUUUUUGGGGUGCACUAAGUGCUGAUGGAUAUUAUGCUCGAUCUGAAGACUAUAUAGAUAUUGUCCAAGGAAACAGAGUAGGUUUAUGGAAUGUCCCUUUUGUGGCUAACAUAUACUUGAUCAAAGGACAGACCCUCAGAUCUGAGAUGAAAGAGAAAAACUAUUUUGCUCGUGAAAGAUUGGAUUCUGACAUGGCUCUUUGCAGGAAUGCCAGGGAAAUGACCUUACAAAGGGAAAAAGACUCCCCUUCUGCGGAGACAUUCCAUAUGCUCAGACCCCCAAAGGGUGUCUUCAUGUACAUUACUAACAGACAUGAAUUUGGGAGACUUUUAUCAACUGCCAACUACAACAUAUCCCACUACAACAAUGACCUUUGGCAGAUCUUUGAGAAUCCUGUGGACUGGAAGGAAGUCUAUAUAAAUCCCAACUAUUCAAAAAUCUUCACUGAAAAAAUAGUGGAACAGCCAUGCCCAGAUGUAUUUUGGUUUCCUAUAUUUUCGGAAGCAGCCUGUGAUGAACUAGUAGAGGAAAUGGAACAUUUUGGACAAUGGUCUGGUGGAAGACAUCAUGACAGUCGCAUUUCUGGGGGAUAUGAAAACGUUCCAACAGAUGACAUUCACAUGAAGCAAAUUGGGCUAGAAAAUGUGUGGCUACAUUUUAUUAGAGAAUUUAUUGCACCUGUAACAUUAAAAGUGUUUGCAGGAUAUUAUACAAAGGGUCAUGCCCUGCUCAAUUUUGUUGUAAAAUACAGUCCUGACAGACAACGUUCCCUCAGACCUCAUCAUGACGCAUCUACAUUUACCAUCAACAUUGCUCUGAACAAAGUAGAAGAAGAUUUUCAGGGAGGUGGAUGUAAGUUUCUGAGGUAUAACUGCUCAAUUGAAUCACCCAGGAAAGGAUGGAGUUUCAUGCAUCCUGGAAGACUUACUCAUUUGCAUGAAGGACUUCCCAUUUUGAAAGGAACAAGAUACAUUGCUGUAUCAUUUAUUGACCCUUAAUUUUAUUUCCCAGAACUCAAAAAAGCCAGUUUGGCAAUCUAUGAUGAACUCUUAUUUAUAUUUUUCCUAGAAAAUGGUGACAAAAGAAGCUUCUACACAGCUGCUUUACUUUGGGCCACAAAUAUUGGGGCGGGGAGAGAUCAAACACUUGGAAGCAUCUGCUCUGAGCCUUGAUUUGUGAAGUAAAAGAGUUUCAAUUUUCUCCCUUUCUCUCAUAAAGGGAUAGAAAUUCUUUUGACACAGACAAUACUUAAAUCUUGUCAGAAGUAUAUUCAUUUGAGAACAUUGUGGACAUCAAUAUACAUUUCGAGCAAAUAUUGACUAUCAUAUUUAAUAGCCACACAGUGUUCCAAGGAAGAAGUGCAUUGCAGAUAAAUGCACAUCAUUGGCAAAAGUGAAAGCCGUUUAUUCAGGUGUGUUACAAUGCCUUUAAAAAAAAAAGAAAUAGUCUAGUUAGAAGUUUCUUCUGCACAUCAAAUGACUUUUGAUUAGACUUAAGUUAUUCCAAAAAUAAUGUUUGUUCCAGCUUUGGUCUGGUAAUUGAAGCCCCAGCUCUUUUUUUGUGGAAACUUUUCAUCACAUCUUAGAAACCAAAAUUUCCAUUCUUAUUUAAAACUACUUGAAUUUUGUGUCAGCAGAUCAAAAAGUUGAAGGUGUUUUUGGUGUUGUUUUUUUUUUUUACAAAAAAAUCAGGUAUUUGACUUGCCUUUGUUUUUUAAGGGAUCAGUUUUAAAUAAUUCCUGCUGUGCCUACUGUUUGUAAUUUAAAGGUUAGACUUGAAAAAUUGCUGAAACCAAGAAACCUGAAAUGCUAACAUGCACAUAUUUUUAAGUCUUGUGGAAAAAUAAAGAAGUCUUAAAUACAGA